AUGGUGGGGGUUAGAAAGAACUGGAUAGGAAAGGAUUGGGAAGUGAUAGAUACAGGACAUGAAAAUAUAGUACACUUUAGAAUAAACGCGGGGAGUGAGAAAUUGAACAUUAUAGUAAUAUACAACACGGAGAACAAAGGAAAUGAAUUAGGGGAAAGAUUGGAAAAGUUUAAAAUUGAGGAAAAGGUGGACUCGGAUCAUAUGCCAGUUUGUCUGAAGAUGGAAGACAUUGAAGAAGAAGAAGAAAGAAGAAGAGAAGGAAGAAGGAAGAACACGGAGACACAGGAGGGAAAAACAAGGAAAGGCAGGAGGACCAAAGAAGAAUACAUCGAACAUAGAAAAGGCUGGAGAAAACUUUUAGAUGAGAAAAGAAAGGAAAAGCGGAAAGAGGAAGAAAAGACUUUGAAAACCUUGAAGACGGAGUCAGAGCUACUGAACGGAAAAGAGAUAAACUACAACGGAGAAGAGGAUAAGAGAGAAAAGGUGGAAAAAGCAGAGGAGGAUGACAGGAACGAGGAGUUAAAAGAAGAUGAAAUUAUUGAGGUAGUAAGGAGAAUGAAGUUGAAAAAAGCAGCGGAAAUGGACGAAAUACCCAUGGAGGCAUGGAGAUACGGAGGAGAAGCAGUGAAAAAGGGAUUGAUAGAAGUAAUUAGUAAAGUUUGGAAAAAAAGGCAGAUUCCGGAGGAGUGGAGGAAUAGCAUAAUUGUACCUAUAUAUAAGAGAGAAGAUCAGGACACGGCGGCCAACUAUAAAGAUCUAGAGAGCGAAUUAGAGAAAAGAAAUAUUGGAGGAAUAGUAAUAGGAAAAACUAGGAUAUGGUCCCUAGCGUAUGCGGACGAUAUUGUACUUCUAGCAAAGAAUAAAACGGCAUUACAGGACAUGAUGGACACACUGAAAAAGUUUUUAAAACUCAAGAAAUUAGAACUAUGUGCGGAGAAGACAAAGCUAAUAAUAUUUAAUAGUAAAGGAAAAAAUGACAGUGAGCAGGUGAAAUGGGAAAAUAAGACUAUUGAAAAAGUAAAGAGUUUUAAGUAUCUGGGCUUCACAUUCAACAAGAAGGAGAAUUAUGCGCAUUAUAUUAAAGAAUUAAGUAGAAAAGGCAGAAGUGCGGCAAACAAGAUAUGGGGUUUAGGAGAACGGAUAUGUAAAAAUGAUUUUAGUAGAAAAUAG